AGGCGGAGCCUGGGAGGACUGGAGAGGAGAGGCGCAGAGCGAGCGAUUUUUGCUGCAAGGCUCAACGACACGAGGCGGACAAGACAUGAAGUAGAGCGAGACAGAGUAUGAGAGCGGCGGGGGCAGCAGAGGGAGAAGACGAGGCUUUUACACGGACUACCGUCUCGUCCGCGCACAGAUACUGCGGAGCUCUGGCACGGAGCUCCGCGGAUGUGCGCACCAGCAGAUUUAACGCACCAAAGAGGGCAGAGACCUGAAAGAGCUGAAAAGGCUUUAUUGCACAAGUAGGACCGUCGAGGGUUACGUGGGCAACAUGGCUAAAACUUUGCACAUUCUGCAGAAAUCCACAGACGGUGUGUCGACUGGGAUCUCCCUGGAUGUGAGCUUAAAUGUGGACGAAGGGGAGGAUUUCACGGAACAGUCGAUAGUAGGACUCUCAGACAAAAUACCUCUGGUGAAACCUUAUUUCAAAAAGAAACAGAGGAAAUUAGAUGCCAAAUGCCUUCACCGCGCCUUGGAGGAGCCCAUCUUGACCACUCUGCUCAGCAGCGACAUGCCGGGGGAUGGUGUGUUUGUGCCGCGGAGCCAGGCUGGACGCACCCCGGGGAACCUGUGUGCGGCGGCCGCGGCCAAACAGAACUGCAUGGGCCCAGUGUGUGGCUUGAAAGACUCGCCGGCUGCUGACAACACUGCACCGGGGACUGCAGUGUUGAUGCCUGCAGGCGGUGAUGUAGAGAUGGCCGAUACUACUGCGGAGCUGGAGGAGACGGAGCGGCGAGGGGAGCGACCCAAGACAGGCCUCAGGGCUUCAGGGAGCCCGUUAACAAUAACGUCUGCCAGCAGGGAUGUUCCUCCUAUAGCUGCACCACAAGGUUCACACCAGGAGGGAGCCAUCAAAAGUAAUGACCUCCAAGCCCCCCCUGUUAAAAACUGCACUGCCCUCCAGGACACCCACCCCCUACUCAUGCAAGCCCCUCAACCUGACAAAGGAGAGCUUUUUCAGGAUAAAAGUGAAGAGGCUUCCUUGGACCUAGUUUUCGAGCUGCUCACCCAGCUUCAGUAUCACACACACCAGUCAGACUCAGUGGACAUUUGUGUGGGUUUCCUCCAAGGACAAUGUGUUUAUGGUAGUGACUGUGCCCACCACCACACUGUCCUGCCCUACCACUGGCAGAUCCACAGGAGCGACACGCAAAUGUGGCAAAGCAUAGCAGAUGAAUCCCAGGAACAGCUGGAGAGAUUGUACUGCAACCCGGACAAUGACAAAGUCAGGCUGAAGUAUCACGGGUCAGUGUUUUCCCUGGACUUUGGAGCCAUGCGGGUUGGUGACCUGAAGUUUGACCGCGUCCGCCGGCUGACCACUCCCCCCAGUCCAUUCCCCAUGCCAGGGACAAACUCAGGCCCCACCCCCAGCUGUCACACAGUGUGGAAGUACUACUGCAGAGACAACUUUGGCUGGAGGGAAUACUCUGAGCCGGUGGUGAAGCUCAUCGAAAAGGCAACUGUGAGGGGUCUCAAGGAGGUGCGAUUCAUUACGCUCCAGAACCAGUACAUCCUGAACAUCAGGGAGGGCUUCCAGCAGAAUGCCAUGUUUGGCUUCAGGCGUCAGAUCAAAAAGCGACCCAUGUUCAUGUCGCCGGUGAUGCUCGCACCCCUCUUAGAGACUUUGGGUGGCCUCUCUUCACCUCCACUGUCCUGUUCUUCCUCCUCUUCCACAUCCACCGUCUCAUUGAUGGAUCUCUCGGCGUCGCAUCCUCUCUCCCCGACGACCAGCAAUCUGCCCACCCUUUUUCCCGAGACAUGGUUGCCCAUGGCGAUGAGCCAAGACUUUCUGCAGGUGCCGAUGUCCCGUGACGACCGCAGCUACAGGACCGUAUACAGCUUAUUCCACAAGACCGUGUCGGAGACAAAGUUUAGGAUAAUCAAGAUCCUUCGGGUGCAGAACCCUUUCCUCUGGGAGAAGUACAAGAGGAAGAAGGAGUACAUGUCCCGGCGUAUGUCCGAGAUGGACCGGCUGCUGAGCGAGCGCCACCUCUUCCACGGCACCUCAGCAGACGUGGUGGAAGGCAUCUGCAAGCACAACUUUGACCCGCGCGUCUGCGGCAAACACGCCACCAUGUUCGGCCAAGGCUCCUACUUUGCCCGCAAGGCCGUCUACUCACACAAUUUCUCCAAGCGCUCACCCAAAGGAGUUCACUGCAUGUUCUUGGCCAAAGUUCUCACUGGCAGGUUUACUGUAGGAAACCCUUCGAUGCGGCGACCGCCCCCCAUCAACCUCCGAGAUCCCUCCAGUGACCUUUAUGACUCCUGUGUGGACAACUGGGUGGAUCCUCAGAUCUACGUAAUCUUCAACGAUGACCAGAGCUACCCUUACUUUAUCAUUCAUUACGAGGAGGUACCCAGCACUGUUGCCCUCUGAGCCCACCUCAUUUUUUAAUCUGCUCAGGCGGGGCGGUGGGUGGAGUUUGCGGCGUGAAAAAAGCAACACGGCUGUGACUUUUUCAUGUUUUAAACCUCAUCAAACCUCACCUAACAGAUUAAAAACGAAGACGUUUGCAAAUGAUGCUAUUAAACUGGAUUCAAAUGGACUAGAUUGCAAGACCCAGACCGGAUUCAACUGGAAGAAACUGGACCGUCGAAGGACAACAUCUGUGUCACUCACUCAGUAUGUUUACAUGCACAGGAGACACGUGCAAACACCUUCAUUCAAAUUGGAUUGGAAAUCACAUUAGUCUUGCGUGUUUACUCUUGGAUUCGUUGGAAAUAGCAUUUGGCUUUUUGCAAAUGUUCUAAUCUCAUUCAAAUGAAUGAUGAAUUAUAAUGAUCAAACAUGCCGAAAAAUGACAUGAUUGGCUCAAUCCACUACAGUUAAAUUAUAGUGAUGCAAAAAAACAAAAGAAUACACUUUAAUUGUGCCUCUUGUUCCCCUAAUGAACAUCAAAUAUUAAAUGUUUUGAAUAAAGAGCAUCCACAAGUACAGCAAUGUAUUCAACUCACUUCCUUCCAAGAGGACAUUGUCACAACUUUCCAGUUGUUUUAAGUUGUCCCCUUAACUGCUUGGCUUGGUACCGGGAAGCUACUAAACAGUAACAACACGCAACUUCCUUGUUGAAACAUCCUCACAGCUAAUUCAGGGCUCCAGACUGGGAGCACAGUGGCCCCUGGCUUAAAAUUUUAGGAGCGCAAGCAGAACAUUUAGGGGCCCACACAGAAAUCGACUUGCAAAGUAAACAUUCACUUUUCCUCACAUUUUCACUGUUACUGAUAUGUACUAUUAACUCCAAUACCACCCUCUUUUCACACACAUCAGCCCGCCUUCUUCUUCCGUGGUGUUUUUUUCUCCUUUCUACCUCUUUCGAAGCUAAAGCCGGUUGGCAGACUACUUCAUUUGCGCAUUACUGUCAACCACUGGGCUGAAGUGUGGAGCACAAGUUUGUCAGCAACAAAAAAAUAUUCACUCAUGAUCAAAUAAAAUCCGCAAAUUAACUGGUAGGGUUGCCAACUUCUGCUCAAGUAAACAAGGGACACCUCGCUGGCAGGGCCAACCAACCCACCUGUAUUUGCCUUUGUUUAGUUUGAUGCCUGUUUUAGAAUAAUACCAAUACAUGGGAAAUUAACUGUUCAAUAAAUACAUUUCUUUGUUAAAAAUAACACAAUUAACAGACUAAAAUAACGAUUUAAAUAUAUUUGUCAUAGAAAUCUGGCCUGCUUAAACAGGACAGUAUAAAUUGAGUGUCCAGGUUCAUGAUAGUGCAGGUGUACCCAACUUCCAGAACUAAUAAAGCUACUUUAACAAAAAGAAAGAGAUGAGCUAUUGACCAUAUUAUGUACUUAUUAUAUACUUUAUAUCCAAAGCAGAUCUCCACUGAAAUAGUGUGCUCAGAGAGAGAGUUGAAGCAAAUAUUCUUUUGUGAGUGAUUCAAAAUCAGAGCGGAAAGAGCAAGGUUGUAAAGUGACACAAGUUAGCACGUACCCCAUGAACGUGACAGCCACUUGUAGCUUCCCUGUGGGACAAAAAUGAGCUCAGAACAAACAGCAUUGCUUGUUUUAAAGACAAAAUGUCACUGUCACUUUAAAGAAAAAAGUCACAUUUGGAGUGAGGGUAGGCAGAUAACUCUAGCUAGCUAGCUGCGGCCACAGAGACAGAAGAAAGUGCGAGCCAGGCAAAACAUGUAAACAAAGAUGGUCGAAAAGUCGAUCGAACGCGAUUGAAACGAGAGCGAUCACACACGCUGGCAUCGACAGGCUGAGACUGCGGCAAGCUGUCGUCAAUUGAUUGAUUUUACACACUAUUUUUCUCACGGUAACAAGUGAUAUGGUGUCAGCAGGCGUACAUGCGCGAGUAGAUGAAAAAUUUACUUGCGAUGUCUCAUAUUUUAAUCGCAAAACGCAACUGUUUAGUUGCAGUCUGGAGCCCUGUAAUUGAGCUAAAAGAGCAUCGUCGCCUCCUAAUGUUGUGGAGGCAGUUUGACCAAAGAUGGCAUAUAAAUUGGGACUUGUAAAGAAAGAUCUACUGUAUGUCUGUAAUGUAUGCAUGUGAACGUACUGACUGUUCAGAGGUGGAUGGCAAUAGUCGUCUUAAACCAUGUUUACUUACUGAAAAAGCUACUUUCUAUUGAAGAAAAUCCAACUUGAGUCCCCCUACCUGGUUUGACUUGGCUGUAAAUGAGUACAGUUCCACUGCAGAUCACACUUUGGUUGGUGUCUCGGACUUCAGUAUUUGAGAGGAAGCAUCAACCAACAAACCAAUCAAAAAAAAAAAAAAAAAAGGCUUCCACAUAGCUCAUGUCAAUCUUAACAAAAAAGAAAUCCCUCAUGUGUUUCCCAGCUGCUGGCCUGUAUGUUUUUCAAGACGACGUGCUCUGUGUUUUUAUUUAGUGGACAUCAAUCUCGUGACCUCUUCAAACCGGACAGGAGUUUUUCUGAGACUUUUCCAAAUGGACAUCGACGUACUGUAAGCCUUCAGGCAGAGAACUCAUACGAAGCUCUAACUGUUCUUGCUUGGCCUUGUUGCCUUGGCGUCCCCCACCACUUUCGUUCCUUUCCAAAAGUGGGACUUGAGACGUGUACAGUUUUUGAUGCUGAGGCUGCAGCAAUUAAACCCCAAUGAAUUACAUCUCUCUUCCUCUCCAUCUCUCGGACUGCUCUUGCUCAGAGACACGUUUGAUUGAGACAAAGUAUACAAACGUUUUUGUUUAUAUUUGAACUUGUGUGCCUUUUGUUCAUAAAAAAAUGUUUAUUUAUGUUAGUUUAAUGUAACAUUGAUUGAAUAAAAAAAAUGGAAAAGCAAAGAGAA